AUGACAUUCAUUACCACCGAAGUCCUAGUAUACAAUGACGUCAAAAUUCUUGUUCAUCUGGAAAAUGCUGCCAGUCGAAUUACGCAGUCUCUUUUUUACGCGAUCAUCAACGUUCAUCUGCCUCGCGACAUCUGUCAGAUUUAUAAAAUCCAAGGUACAACUCACGUUCAAUCUGCAUGGGUCGCUGUGAAGAUUAUAGACACGAAUAAAAUAUUACAAAAAUACGUGCUGAAGAACCUUUACAGAGAAGCAAAACUACUGUCUAAAUUAAAUCACCCAAAUAUCAUUCGACUGUACGAGACUAUCCAAUGCGGUGCCGUGUACUACCUCGUGACGGAGCUUGCGACAGGCGGUGACCUCGGCUCCCACGUAAGAAGCCAGCCGGGCGGUCGCCUCGACGAAGUCAGCGCGAGAUGUUAUGCUCGCCAGCUGGCGGAUGGUCUGCAGCACAUGCACUCCAAAAACAUCGUGCAUCGGUGA